GUGACUUUACCGAAAGAAACCAGGGAGUACGGAUUUUUGUUAUUUUAUUUUCUACCUACGUGACUUUACCGAAAGAAACCAGGGAGUAGGGAUUCCUGCGGUCACCAAAGCUUCAAAUCUUGUGUAGCGUAUCGUGAAAUCUAGAGGCGAGAUACAUACGCGUAUUGGUGUUCUAUUUAUAAACUGCUUCGUGAGAUGACAAGAUAAUGUAUAGACAAAGAGAAAUACAUUUUGUGGCCGUUACCUUUCAAUAUAUAAAUGUGUGAGGAUACAACAGAGGCAGAGAGAGGUCGUGAGAUGUGAGAAAUUGAGACGAUAUAAGAGAUACCGAUGACAAACGUGACAUCAGAUAAAUGUUAAGACAAGGGACAGAUGAAAGAAGAAAGAUUCAGAAAAGACAAGAUAGCAAUAUGUGAAUGUUAAUAGCAUAUUUGUAUGUAAAUUCAAAUAGAUAUUUGAUGGUGUUUUAAAAAAAAAUGACGGAUCUAGGGUCUCUUGAGCUGCUGAUUAAUUGUAGUGUUCAGCCGUAUCAAACGUUUCCAUUUGGCAGUCUCUUAUGCAUAGUAUUAUGAGGAGUGAUUAAUUCAGGCGGUACCUCCGCAGGGAAUUGUAUUUUUUUAAGGAGGUGGGGGUGUAGUUGUAGGGGACAGGAGAUGUUUGUAGUGGUUAUCACUGACAGGUUUUUAUUUUGGACUGGGGGAGACAUUCAGAGGACACUUUCUAAAUGUGUUCCAGUUAGCAUCAGCUGCUUAAGCAGCUUAAUGCGAGCCUAAAUAUGGUUUUAAAUAUGUACAGAGUGCUAAAUAAUUUUAAAAGGGCUGUGAACAAAAAUAACACCAAUAAUUGGCAAAAAAAUCAGUGUUUUUAAAAACUACCAAUCGAUUUACGGAAAUGGGAAAGUACGGCCUGCCAUGAAAUCACCACUGUGCGUGACGCUUCACAUUCCUUUGGCCGCCUCACUUGUACAGGCAUAACUCUCGUGCGUCAUCUUUCAUUCAUGUGAUUAUUUAUCCACGUUAACAGAGUGCUGUAAUACGUUCGGCAGAAACUGCACACAAUGUACUGGGCACUGCUAAAUUACCAGAGGGGAUUUUUCAUCCGUUACAUGUUGACGGGUGCGUGAAGAAUGCCCAUUCAUGGGUUCCGAAUACAGUAAUGUUCACAUUUGGCCAGGAAAAAAAAUAUAUUUUAAAUGCCAUGAAGAUUCAUAAACUUGCACCUUUCCACCGGGCCACACAACCCGUGAAUGUGAACUCACAACGCACAUAUACCACUCGGGGUGCUUCAAGGGGCUUCUGAAUCUUGGGGAUUUUUGGCCAGAAUUUUGGUUUGUUUCAACAUUUUUUUCCCCUGUAACCGGAAAAUCAGGUGCCCCCCUUCCCCAACCUUGCACCGGAAUAAUGCUAUAUUACCCAGGCUUUCUUUAAAUUUCUCGACACGUCAGUUGAAAUGCCCUUCAUCAUUUGGGCUCACUUCUGUACUUUUUCAGAGUUUUUGCUCAGGAAGAUUUUCUGCUGCUCCAAUCUUUUUGCUAGCCGCUUUUUCGACUUUUUUUGUAAGUUGUUCUAAUUCAGUUUCCUUUGGAUUGGGUUGGCUGCCAUUCACUUUGCUGACCUCUUCAGUUUCUCAGGCAGGCUCAGUCGGACCAAUGAAGUGGUCCGUCUUUGUUGGACAUUGGAGUCAAAUUAAUCGCAAAGUUUCCAGCAGGGGGAGCUAUAACCACAGGUCCAUUCAGCAGCAGCCUGCAACUAGGCCUGAGCUGUCGCAGAAAGUGGUUAAUCUUUCCGAUGAUAGGCUAAGCUUCUUUGAGAGGAUGUCUGAGUCGAGGCUGGUGAGCGAGCUGCCCUCGCCGGCCUUCCUGGUGAACCUGCCCACGGCGCAGAGGAACGCGGACCGCAUGUUGGAGCGCUUCCGGCAGCUGAGGGUGACGCUGCGCCCCCACAUGAAAACCCACAAGACUCUGGAGGGUGGAGUGAUCAUGACCGGAGGCACACGACGCUGCAUUGCUGUUUCUACUUUGGCGGAGGCACGUUUUUUUGCGGAUGGCGGCUUCGAUGAUAUCCUGUACGCUUUCCCUGUGAGCGCAGACAAAGUGGAGCAGUGUGCCAUCCUGACUGAGAGACUGGAGGUGUUCAGUGUGCUGGUGUCUGAGUUUGACACCUUGCCCAGACUUGCCGCUCGCACACUCGCAAAAGGCAAGGUCUGGCAUAUCUGGCUCAAGGUCGACUGUAACAACGGAAGGGCUGGGGUGUUUGUGGACCAGCCUGAAGCCUUCGAUUUGGCGCUGAAGAUUGGUCGCAGUGCGGCCAUGAAGCUGGAUGGCAUUUACGCCCACUGUGGGAACACGUACCAUUGCCACAGCGUGGCAGAGAUCCAGGCAGUGGCUGAAAACACGACUGAGAAAAUCCUUGCUUUUUGCUCCCGACUGGCUGAAGUUGGGGUGACCACUCGCUCCAGCAUUGGCUCCACACCUUCCUGCAGCCUGCCAGUCCCCCGAAUGGGCGCCCUCUCCGAGGUGCACCCAGGCAACUACUUCUUCUACGAUGUGCAGCAGUUGCACCUUGGCUCAUGCCGCGCGGAGGACGUCGCUGUGCGCGUGCUUACGCGGGUCGUCGCUCACAUCCGCCACAGAGGGCAGCUCCUGGUGGACUGCGGGUGGACGGCCAUCAGUCUGCAUGGACACGGCCGUCUGCCGUCCGGUUAUGCCGUGAUCCAGGACCAUCCCGAGAUUCGACUAGUGGAGAUGAGCCAAGAGCAUGGCCUCAUUGACGCCUCGGAAGGUCAAGAGAUGGACUUUGAGAAAUUUCCACUUGGGGCAGCGUUGUUCCUCAUUCCUUACCAUUCCUGUGCCGCGGCUGCUAUGCACUCCGUGUAUCACGUGCAUGAUGGAGACACCGUGCUGGAGAUGUGGACCCCAUGCAGGGGAUGGUAGAGCAAUGCCUUGGGACUGGUCGGAUUUAUUGAUGAUCAUCAAUCAGGCAUGAUCAAUAGACUGCUAUAUUAAGGCCUCUGAAAGCUAUCUCCAUCCCUCAGUCCUGUCUUACAACAAUCCAUCUAGCAUCUGCAAAUUAUCUAAUGUAAUCACUCCAUCAUUCUUUGAUUUUCUCCUUUGCCAUUCCGUUGUUAGCCUCGACCACCAGCAAUAAUCACUUCUAGCGACGUGUCCUGCUCAAGCUCAUCUUUUCAUAGCAGUCAAUAAGAUGUCUUUAACUGGCAUAUGUUCUCUGAUCCAUGAGUUCCUAUUUCUGUCUGUAAGUGAAAUGUCAUCCAUUCUUCUCAUCUGUAUGUCAUAGAAGGUAAUGCACACUGACUAAAAUGAAAAUUUUAUUUUGGAAAAUGUUUUUUAUGUUGCUUAUUUCUGUGGAAAGGAAGAUGAGAGUGGAAAUGUAGCUAAUAACAAAUAUAGUAGCCUGUAUUGGAAUUCAUAUAUACCUUAUCAUUAGCCUAUACACUUCAAUGGUUUCCUGCCAAAUAUUCAGGUGGGUACCUACCAUCAUAGGAAUCUUAUCCUUAGCCGCUAAACCACUUACCACCACUGCAGUCCUCCUAAACUAUUGAAUGUACAUUUAUAAGUGCUACUUAAAUUGCAAGGUCAUGGUCGUAUGAUAAUUAUGUUAGUAUGUACAGAUAUGUCUAUACUGCCCUUAACUUUGAAAACAUCUUUAAGCCUUGUUUUUUGUUGUUGAAAUAAUGUCACCAGAUAGAGCACAUGCCUUGAGUUAGUAAUUGGGCUGUAGUUGUGCACGCUUUUGAACCAGUGUUUUAAACAGAUUUGGCACUUGAGGGUCGCGCGAGCUGGGUAUAGCACAAACCGUACUGGUAUAAAAACAAAGACGUGAGAGCCACCGCUAACGAGCUGCCUACAUGGUCUGAACAGCCGUGUGGUUUAAUAGAUUUCCUGCUGCAACUUUUUUUCAAUUAAAAGUCUAGGCCGCCACAAAUGCUUUACUUGAGUUUCGAUUUUUUUUUACAAGCUACUAUAUUCAAUGAGCGUGUUUCUAGGACUAAAUAAUGCCUGCAGGAAUGCAUGCUAGUAUAUUGAACACUGUAAUUAUCCCUAGCUUGUAUAAUUUUUUAAAUAAAUUUGCAUUACAGGCA